AUGGUUCUCGUUGCCUUACCAAUUUUUCAAGCGGAUGAAAUCCUCAAGAUUUAUUUUGUGUACAAUGAAAUGAUUAUUUAUUAUUAUUAUUUUCGUUCGGAUCAUUGGAACAGGAAUUCAGAUUUGAAGCUCAUGACACCAUUAUACAUCCUUAUUCUUACGUCUUUUACAUUUGGAAUAUUAUACAUUGUCAUCUAUCAAUUCAUCGACACCGCCAACGAAAUAAUUGUUGAUGGGAUCGGUUGGCACUUUGUUGGUGUUGCAAUAUUCAAUGUCAUAUGGCUGGUGCUUGUGGUUAACGAGGAGUUGGUUUUAGCAUGGAUCACGAUAUUAAUCGUCGCCGCUCAACUUUCUUACAUUUAUUACAACUUAAAAUUCAAAUAUCCACCACUCAGUCGUUUUGACGCGACAUUCAUUCAUCUUCCGUUUAGCCUUUAUCACGCAUGGAUCAUGAUAAUUUUAACAAUAAGUACAUUUGUCGCAUUCAUCCCUGAUAAGGAAAAAGGAAGAAGUUCUGGUGUCCUCGAGGAAAUACUUGGGGUGUUGGCAUUGUGUUUCUUGGAAACAGCGGCGAUUGGUUAUAUCGAAAAAUCAAAGGGCGACCUCGCCAGCGCAAGCGUGAUUGCGAUAACUUUAUAUGGCAUCUCAUUUCAACAGGAUGAUGAUGCAAUCAUUCAUUGGGUUGCGCUGGUGUUCGCCGUCGUCAGUUCAGUUCACAUUUUGAAGACUUAUCUCGUAAAACGCCUACGCGAAAGACAAGAAGAACAUACUCCUCUAUUGGUAUGA